AUGGCUGUUUCCGGAGAAUUCACGGAUCACAAACUCUGUGGUUUUCUCCGUGCCGUUGUUGCCGUCGAUUCCCCGCCUUGUCGACUUUCAUUGGGCUCCUCUUGCUUCAUCUUCAAUGAUGGUUCCGUCACCGGUUUCAAAUCCGACGAUGGCUUGAUCUUAUCCCUCAUCAAUCCUACCUCUAAUCUCAAAUCCCUGAUUUCGGAAGGAGAUCAGGAUGCUGAGAAUUGUGGAACAAUGGAAGACGGUGGAUUGGAGAGAGAGAGCACACGAAAGUCUCGAGGAUCUCAGAAAUCGAAGAGACGGGUUUCUUCUGGGAGCAAAAGCGUUCAGCGAGAGAAGACCGGAGAGGGAAGGAAGAAGGUGAGGAGUAUAGGCAUGGUGAAUGGAAGCAUAAGUGUAGUGCAGCAACUUCACACUUUGGUUACCAACAAAUGUUUGAAGAUGAUUUGCCGAGUUGUGAAGGCUGAUAAAGGUGAUGAUGGAGAAGAAAGAGCUGUGGUAUUAGUUGAUGUGUAUCUGCCUAUUGCAUUGUGGUCAGGAUGGCAAUUUCCUAAAUGCAAGGCUGCUGCUGCUUCGUUGAUUAAGCACUUGAGCUGUGAUUGGGGACUGAGAAGCUCAAUCCUUAAUGGGGAAAGUAUUUGGGAAGAGGCAAAUGGAAGAAUAAAGGCUAUCUGGGAUUUAUCUGACUGCCAUGUGUUUGAUUGCAAAUUACACUGUAAUACCCCAGAUUCUCCAGAAAGAAGAUUAUUUAAACUACAUAAAAUCUUUAAGAGUUUGCCCAGUCCAGGAAAUUAUGGCAUGCUUGAUUCUUCUAGAGUGUCACCAUCCGCUGACUCUUGUGCAUCUGGCAUUUGGGAUCUCUCUGAUGACAUUAUGAUUAGCAUACUGAUGAAACUUAAUCCAAAGGACCUUAUUAGCGUUGCAGGAGUCUGCCGUCUCUUGAGAUCAUUGGCAUUUGUAGUUGUGCCAUGUAUGAAUUUAAAACUCUUUCCUCACCAGCAGGCAGCAGUUGGUUGGAUGUUGGAGCGUGAGAGGAAAGCUGAAGUUUUCUCACAUCCCCUAUACUUGAACUUUGAUACUGAGGAUGGGUUUAGUUUCUAUGUAAAUGUCGUGUCUGGUGAUAUAAUCACUGAGGCAGCUCCCAUGGUCCAGGAUUUCCGUGGGGGAAUGUUCUGCGAUGAACCAGGUCUAGGUAAGACGAUAACAGCAUUAUCUCUUAUUCUAAAGACGCAGGGAACAAUGGCUGAUCCGCCUGAGGGACUUCCUGUCGUUUGGUGUACACAUAAAGGUGACAAAAAAUGCGCUUAUUAUGAGUACACAAGUGACCAGUUCACUUCUAACAGCAUGUUUACUGUAAAGAGGUUUCUAAGUCCAAGUAGCUGUCGAAGCCAGUUAUCUCUUGACGCCUUUUGUCCACUGCUGGAGUCAAAAUCUUUGCCACAUAAGAAAGCUAGGCUGACGGAUUCAGAUGGUCAAACUUUUGAGUCUCAGAACUCAAACUUUGAAAACGAAUUUGAAACUCCCAUCCCUGCUUCCCUAGAUUUAGAAGCUCAACGUAGAAAGAGCUUGGGUAAUGUCAGAAAAAAUCUCUUGCAUGCAUAUAAUGGCGCAUCUGAGCUCUCCGAAGUGAUGGAAGCUGAAAGAAUUGUUAGUUGGAAGAAGUGUGGUAGGAUAACUGGUUCUAAGAGAAAGGGUCCUACUGAUUUGGAUGUGGUAAGCGAUAGUUGGAUACAGUGUGAUUCUUGCUCAAAGUGGCGAAGACUAAUAGAUGAAGGUGUAUCUGUUGCUGGUUCUGCAUGGUUUUGUAGCAACAAUAGUGACCCUGCAUAUCAGAGUUGUAGUGAUCCUGAAGAAUUAUGGGAUAUGUCUCAACCUAUAAAUUCUUUGCAAGGGUUCUAUACUAAGGGAACUUCUGGUGCAGAAAUUGGCAAUAUCUCUUUCUUCACCAGUGUCCUUAGGCAACACAAGUCUUCAGUAAACCCAACCGUAAACAAAGCCUUAAUUUGGCUUGCUAAGCUCCCUCUUGAGAAGCUCUCACAGAUGGAAACAGUUGGCUUACCAGGUCCACUGUUGGGUAGUCGUUUGAAUCAAGAUGUACUUGGAUUCCAGAGAAUAUUUCGAGCAUUUGGUCUUACGAGUAGAGUUGAAAAGGGUGUCACUAGAUGGUAUUAUCCGAAGUUUCUUAAGAACUUAGUAUUUGAUUUACCUGCUCUCAAGGUUGCUCUUUGUCAGCCGCUGGAUACAUGUAGACUGUAUUUGUCAAAAGCAACUCUAAUCGUUGUGCCUGCGAAUUUAGUUGAUCACUGGAAAACACAAAUCCAAAAACAUGUCAGCCCUGGUCAGCUACGUAUCCUCAUUUGGACUGACCAUAAGAAACUUUCUCCGCACAGCCUGGCUUGGGACUAUGAUGUUGUGAUCACAACUUUUAGUCGCUUAAGUGCAGAAUGGAAUCCUCGAAAGAAAAUCAAAAGCCCAUUGAUCCAAGUGCAUUGGCUGAGGGUCAUGCUAGAUGAAGGACACACUCUUGGUUCUAGUCUCAGUUUGACAAAUAAAUUUCAGAUGGCUGUUUCUCUGGCAGCUUGUAGUCGUUGGUUACUGACAGGAACACCAACCCCGAACACGCCAAAUAGCCAGCUUUCGCAUCUCCAAUCUCUUUUAAAGUUUCUUCACGAGGAAGUAUAUGGAGAAAAUCUAAAGUUUUGGGAAGCAGGCAUCCUUAGACCAUUUGAAGCAGAAAUGGAGGAGGGUCGUUCGCGUUUACUUCAGCUGCUUCAGAGAUGCAUGAUAAGUUCUAGAAAGAAAGAUCUGCGGAUGAUUCCUCCGUGUAUCAAGAAGUUGACAUACCUUAAUUUCGUUCCAGGGCAUGCAAGAAGCUACAAUGAACUGGUGGAGACAGUUAGGCGUAAUAUCUUAUUAGCUGAUUGGAAUGACCCGUCUCAUGUGGAAAGUCUGCUUAACUCUAAACAGUGGAAAUUUCGAAGCGCUACCAUCAGAAAUGUCAGACUAUCUUGCUGUGUGGCUGGGCAUAUUAAAAUGACUGACGCUGGUCAUGAUAUUAAAGAGACAAUGGAUGUUUUACUUGAAAGUGGUCUGGACCUUUCGACCGAAGAGUAUUCUUUUAUUGAAGACAGCCUUAUUAGUGGUUGUAACUGCAAAAGAUGUGGGGAAUGGUGCCGACUUCCUGUAAUCACUCCAUGUAGACACCUACUGUGCCUUGAUUGCGUAGCUCUUGAUAGUGAAAGGUGUACUUUUCCUGGUUGUGGAUACUUGUAUGAGAUGCAAACUCCUGAAGCGUUGGCUCGACGAGAAAAUCCAAAUCCAAAGUGGCCUGUGCCAAAAGAUCUUAUUGAGUUACAGCCUUCGUAUAAUCAGGAUGACUGGAAUCCUGACUGGCAAUCUACGUCCAGCAGUAAAGUCAGUUAUCUCGUGGAGAGGCUGAGGAAGUUACAUGAGGGUAAUAGAAAAAGCAUUUUGUCUUUCAACAAGACUAACAAUGACAACCUGGAAGACAAUUCCCCUGGUACCUCGGAAGCUUUUUCAGGGAAAGAAUUCCAUGGACAGGAUUGUGGAUCUCAGAUGGGACUUAUCGAUAAAGUUUUGAUUUUCUCUCAAUUUCUUGAGCACAUUCACGUGAUUGAACAACAGUUGACAAUUGCUGGCAUCAAGUUUGCUAAAAUGUACAGUCCAAUGCAGUCGGCUAAUAAGAUGAAAUCUCUGGCCAUGUUCCAGCACGAUGCUGAUUGCAUGGCACUUUUGAUGGAUGGAAGUGGUGCCCUAGGUCUUGAUUUGAGCUUCGUAACACAUGUAUUCCUGAUGGAACCAAUCUGGGAUAAAAGCAUGGAAGAACAGGUCAUCAGUCGUGCUCAUCGGAUGGGCGCUAAGCGUCCUAUUUAUGUAGAAACCUUAACUAUGCGUGGCACGAUUGAAGAACAAAUGAUAAGAUUCCUAGAGGAUGCUGAAAAGAGUGAUAACUUGUUGAGUGGAGAUUACGACAAAGUGGAGCAGGAGACAACACGGUGUCGGCGCUCGCUGCAUGAUUUGGCAGAAAGCAAUUACUUGGCUCGUCUUAGCUUUGUCCGAUCAGAUGGCAAUGCAUGA